AGAGGGCAAUGUAUCAAAGUAUCAAAACAAGAUUCAAAGAAGUUAUAUUUGUUGGCAUAAUAAUUGUGCUUUUGUUGGUACUCUUGCCAGGAUGUUGCCGUUUUUGGACCAUUUUCUGGACUCCUUAAACCUGAGUCACUCAACUUUCCGAGUUUAUAUUUUCUAUGCUGUUAUUCUCUUUUUCUCUCUUAUAAUGUUUCGAACCAUAUUAAAGAUGGUGACAUAUAUUUAUGCUUAUAUCAUCAAUGCCAGACGUCUGCGUUGUUUUCCAGAGCCUCCAAGACGUAGCUGGCUUUUAGGACAUUUGGGACUGUUUAUGCCAACAGAGGAGGGCCUUACAGAAGUGAGUGACGCCAUUUCUUCUUUUCGUAAAACAUUUCUGACAUGGAUGGGACCCAUCUCUUUAGUAUCAGUGUUUCAUCCGGACACAGUUAAACCAAUAGUUGCAGCCUCAGCUGCCAUUGCUCCUAAAGAUGAUCUGUUCUAUGGUUUCCUCAGACCCUGGUUAGGGGAUGGACUGUUGCUUAGCCAUGGGGAGAAAUGGGGGAGGCACCGGCGCCUUCUGACACCUGCCUUUCACUUCGACAUCCUUAAGAGCUAUGUGAAGAUUUUUAAUCAGAGCACAGAUAUCAUGCUUGCAAAGUGGCGGAGAAUGACAGUAGAGGGCCCUGUGUCUCUGGAUAUGUUUGAACAUAUCAGUCUGAUGACCUUGGAUACACUUCUUAAAUGUACUUUCAGCUAUGACAGUGACUGCCAAGAGAAGCCAAGUGAUUAUAUUGCUGCUAUUUAUGAACUGAGCUCACUAAUGGUGAAACGUGAGCACUACUUGCCCCAUCAUUUAGAUUUUAUCUACAACCUUUCCUCCAAUGGAAGGAAUUUCCGGCAGGCUUGCAAAAAAGUGCAUGAAUUCACUGCCGGAGUGGUACAGCAAAGACAGAAGGCAUUGAAGGAGAAGGGGAUGGAGGAAUGGAUUAAGUCUAAACAAGGUAAAACCAAGGAUUUCAUUGAUAUUCUAUUGCUGUCAAAGGAUGACGAUGGAAACCAGCUAUCCGAUGAAGAUAUGAGGGCCGAAGUUGACACAUUUAUGUUUGAAGGUCAUGACACCACAGCAAGUGGCUUAUCAUGGAUUCUAUACAAUUUGGCUCGCCACCCUGAAUAUCAGGAGAAAUGCAGAAAGGAGAUUAUAGAGUUGCUGGAAGGGAAAAUCCUGAAGCAUUUGGAGUGGGAUGAAUUGUCUCAGUUGCCAUUCACUACAAUGUGCAUCAAGGAGAGUCUGCGGCUUCACCCUCCUGUAACUGCAGUAUCCAGACGCUGUACAGAGGAUAUCAAAUUACCUGAUGGCAAAGUCAUCCCCAAAGGAAACACCUGCUUGAUCAGUAUUUAUGGAACCCACCACAACCCUGAGAUCUGGCCUAAUCCACAGGUUUAUGACCCAUAUCGAUUUGAUCCAGAGAACGUCCAAGAAAGGUCUUCCCAUGCAUUUGUACCAUUCUCAGCUGGACCCAGGAAUUGUAUUGGACAGAAUUUCGCUAUGGCCGAGAUGAAGAUUGUUUUAGCUCUAAUCCUUUACAAAUUUCAUGUGAGAUUGGAUGAGACCAAGGCAGUGCGCAGAAAACCUGAGUUGAUCCUACGUGCAGAAAAUGGGCUCUGGCUGCAGGUGGAAGAACUGAAACGUUAAUGACAUGCCUGCUGAUGCCAGAUGCAACUGGUUUGGCAAAGCGAACCAUUUAAUAUUAUGUGUGUUAUAGGAAAGAAUAAUUGUAAUAGCGCAGAACUGUGUUUACUCAAUAACAUGAAAUAAAAUGAAAAUAUUACUUGCUAAAA